AUGGAGCAGCAGCAGCAGCAGCAGCAGCACAGGCAGCACCAGAUCAAGCAGGCCACGGUGCUGCUGCAGCAGCUCCACAGGCAGCAGCAGGAGCUGCUGCAGCAGCAGCAACAGCUGCUGCUGCAGCAGCGACAGCAGCAACAGCAACACAAACCCCACCAGCUGCAGCACCUCGAAUACGUCCUACAAAGCUGCCGCAACCUGGAGCAAGAACUGCAGCAGCUGCUGCAGCAGUGGCAGGGCAGCAGCAGCACCAGCAGCAGCAGCUGCGCCCUGGACAGCGCAGCAGCUACAGAAGCUGCUGCCAGCUGCCCGCUUUCUCCAGUCUCCACAACUGCGCCUGCGUCGAUUUGUGAGCCGCUUGCUUCUGACCAGCAGCAGCAACAGCAGCAGCAGCAACAGCAGCAGCUGCAGUUGCAACAGCAGCAGCAGCAACAGCAGCAACAGCAGCAGAAAGGAGACGCAGAAGGCUUGAGCAUCGCGCAAGAUGAGGAGUUGCAGCGGCAGCAAGAACCUGAGGAUAUGGGCGUUCGGUCUCUGGAGGACUUUGUCGGCUUCGAUUGCGUGGAGACAACUAAAGAGGCAGCACGGGGGCGGGCUGCUGCUGCCGCUGCAGCGGCAGACUCAGCCAAAGCAGCAGCAGAAGGAGAUACGGUGAAGGCAGCAACAGCAGCAGCAGCUGCUGCUGCUGCUCGAGCAGAAGCAGCAGCAGCAGCAGCAGUAGCAGCUGAGCAGGCGACCGCCGAAGCAGCAAAACUGCUGCCCGUUGCUGCAGCUCAGGGCGUUCGUGCUGCUGAGGCAUCCGCAGCAGCAGCAGCAGCAAUGACAGCAGCAGCAGCAGCUGCAGCCGCAGCAGCAGCAGAGCAGGCGGACGAAGUAGCUCGGGCCCAGGCGGGUGCAGCAGAAGCGGCAGCAGAAACAGCAGCAGCAGCAGCAGCAGCAGCAGCAGACAGCAGCGAUGAUGAUACCAACAACUUCAGCAGCGACAGCGAUUCAGAGCCAGGGGUGCAGGACUGGAUGAGCAGCAGCAGCAGCAGGAGCAGCAGCAGCAAUUCAGACUAUGAGGAGCAGCAGCAGCAGAACAGCAGCAGCAGCAAGCGCUUCUUCCUAAAGCGGAGAAAGCACAUGCGGAAAAAGCAUGCUGCUGCUGCUUGGUUUGCUGCUGGCAGCGGCAGCAGCGACGACGAGCUACUGCUGCACCCGCAGCAGCAGCAGCAGCAGCACCACCGUCUCAUGCAGCUGCCGCAAACCCUCCUUGCUUCUAGCGAAGCCGUUACUGACCAAAUUCUCUCUGACAUGAAUUGCUCAGGGGAAGCCUCUCUGGGGCCAUCGGAUCUGCGCGUGCUGCCUGCUGCUGCACCGCAGCAGCUGCAGCAGCAGAGCAGCAGCAGCAGACUGGAGGCGAUGCUGCAGCACAGCAGCUACAGGCCACCUCCUGCUUCUCCUUUGGCUGUGUGUCUGCCUGAGCAGCCGCUGCAGCAAACAGCAGCAGCAGCAGCAGCAGCAGCAGAAGCAGAAGCGGUUUCGCCUCCGCUGCUAUCGGCUGCCUCUCUCACCUCAGCCCCUGUGGCGCUGCUGCCAGAAAACCAGCAGCAGCAGCUGCAGCAGCAGCAGCAGCGGCAGCAGGGUGUGAGGGGCCGGUCCAGCGCGCAAGCAGCCAUCGGCAUUCCGCAGCAACAGCAGCAGCAGCAGCGGCAGCAGCAGCGCAUGCACCGACGGCACACUGUUGCUGGAGGCUUUGAACCCGACUGGCAGCAGCAGCAGCAGCAACAGCAGCCGCAGCAAGAGGAGGAAGAAGAAGGGCCUUAUUUCCUGCUGCAGGGACAGGAGGCCCUCUCGUUUCCUCAAGGAAUGCAGCAGCAGCAGCAGCAGCAGCAGCAGCAUGUGUCGGACACAGAGGCACUUUCCACGAAAUAUACAGCAGCAGCAGCAGCAGCAACAACUGCAACAAGCAGCACGUCAGCAGCACUGACAGUAGAGACAGGAAGGAAGAAGAGCCGCCGCAGGAAGCGGCGCAGCAGCAGCAGGAGCAGCAGCAGCAGCAGCAGGAGCAGCAGCGACUCUGGGGAAAAGCGGCUGCUGCGGCAGCAGCUGCAGCAGAUGCAGCAAACCAUCUUACAGACACAGCAAAUGCUGCAGCAGCAGCAGCUGCUGCUGCUGGCUCUGGAGCAGCGCAUGCAAGAACGCAGCAGCGCCGAGCAAACGUACGAGUCUCAUUCUGCUGCUGCUGCUGCUGCUGCCGCUGUUACUGACGGUGCAGCAGCCCGGAAGCAGCAAGAGAGACGUGGGCACAAAACUUCCCCAAUUAAGCGGCAGCAGCAGAGCGACGAAGAGCAGCCGCCGCAGCAGCAACAGCAGCUGCUGCAGCAUCAAGAGCAGCAGGAGCUGCAGCAGCAGCAGCAGCAGCAGCAAGUCGACGUCUGCCAUCGCAGGCGGGUGAAGCAGCAGCAGAGGCGCAGCUCUUCAGACCCGGGGAAGCAGCAGCUGUAUGAAAACAGUACUUCUGCUGCUGUUGCUGCUGCACCUGCCGCUGACGCAGGCGAGUUGCUGCUGCAGCAAAGUGCCCUGAAGCGGGAGCAGCGGCAUAAGCGAAGGAUGGAGAAGCUGCAGCAGCAGCAGCAAGAGCAGCAACGUCAAGAGCAGCAGCAGCAAGAGCAACAACAGCAAGAGCAGCAGCAGCAGCUCGAACAAAUGCUACAAAUGAGGCAGCGCUGCAAGCAGCACUGUUGCUGCAAGCAGCAGCAGCAGCAACAGCAACUCGAGAAGAUAAAGCAGCAGCAGCAGCAGCAGGAACUGCUGCUGCUGUUUCCAGAAGCAACAGCGCCUGAUGGCUGGCGUAUGUACAGCAGCGACACUGAAGCCAGCAGCAGCAGCGAGGACCAAAGAGUGCCUGCUGCUGCAGCAGCAGCAGCAGCUGCUGCUGCUGCUGCUGCAGACAGUAUAUCAGUUGCUUCUUCAGCAGACACUCCAGCGUCGCCGUCGCUGCUGCUGGGAUCGUUCGAUCCCCACGCAGCAGCAGCAGCAGAGCACGCUGCUGCUGCUGCUGCUGCUGAAGCCUACUCAGAGAAUGGAGAUUCUGAGGUCCAGCUGCUGCUGCUGCAGGAGGAGCAGCACGGUGAAGAUGCUGAGAGGGCGCUGCUGCUGCAGCAGCUGCAGCAACAGCAGCAGCAGCAGGGCGAAUGGACCUCUGAUUUGGAACAGCAGUCAGCAGAUGAAGAGGAGGAAGCAGCAGCAGCAGCAAAUGAUGAAGGGGAGGAAGCAACAGCAGCAGCAGAUGAAGAGGAGGAAGCAGCAGAAGCAGCAGAUGAAGACGAGGAAGCAGCAGCAGCAGCAGGUGAAGACGAAGAUGCAGCACACGCAACCGCAGAAGAUGAAGAAGACGAAGCAGCAGACGCAGCAGCAGCAGAUGAGAAAGAGGAAGCAGCAGAAGCAGCAGCAACAGAUGAGGAAGAGGAGGCAGCAGAAGCAGCGGCAGCACAUGAGGAAGACGAAGCAACAGAAGCAGCAGCAGCAAAUGAAGAAGAAGCAGCAGAAGCAGCAGCAACCAGUGAAGAAGAGGAAGCAGCAGAAGCAGCAGCAACAGAAACAGCAACAGAAGCUCCAGAAGAUUCCAUGGAGGAGUUGAUGCCUUCUGAAUCGGCAGCAGCAGCAGCAGCAGCAGCAGCAGCAAAAGACCCUGCUGCUGCUGCUGCGUUUGAAGUUCGUGCACCCGAAAGCAGCGGCAGCUCUUCGAAGCGCCAAAAACGGCGCAGCGCCCAUGCUGCAGUCUGGCAGCAGCAGCAGCAAGAGGUGUCGCUGCAGCAGCAAGAGGAGCACCACCGGGAACAGCAGCAGCAGGAGCUGCAGCAGCAGACGCUGCAGCAGCAGGAGUCAGAGGCCCUGCUGCGGAACACUGUUGUAAAGAGAAAGAAAAAGAAACUAGCAGCAGCUGCUGCUGAAGCUGACUCCGCUGCUGUUGCUGCUGCUGCUCCUAAACAGAAGCAGCAGCGUCUGCAGCGCCAUGAGAGUGUGCACGGCCCACUCAGCAGCAGCAGAAGGAAGCAGCAAAAGCUGCUGAUGCUGCUGCAGCAGCAGCAGCAGGAACGACCAAAGAAGAAGGCUGGUCGAUCAAGAGCCAACUCAGAUGCUGCAGCAGCAGCAGCAGCAGCAGCAGAAGCAGCAGCAGCUGACGAGCCUCUGCAGCGCAUGUGGCUGCAGCAGCAGCAGCAGCAGCAAGAUGAGCAGCAGCAGCAGCAGCACGAACAGCAGCAGGAUUGCACUAAAGCCAAAAAGCAGCAGCAGCAGCAGAUCUCUCCAUAG